CUGCUCUUCUUCUCCUUUCUUCCCGCUGCAGCCACCCGAAGAAAAAAAAAAGGGAAACCCAGCCAUGCCUUGGAAAAUUGGUAAGGAAGCUUGGUAUUUUCCCCUUCCUUUCUUGCUCUAGAACACACCUAGAACCCAGAAAUCUUUCCCCCCCUGCUGGAAAAGCCAGAUCUGCCCUGCUUUGCUCUGUCCUUCCGCCGGCUGCUCCUGCUUUGUGGGGGUGAUUUGCUCCGGUUUUGGGUAAGAAACAGCUACCAAUCCCUCUGUUCUUGCUUGAAUUAACUUGGGUCUACCUUAAUUGCUCUUGGUUCUCCAUUUUUGGGUAGAUUUCCGUGAGUUCCUUGCAGCUUGCCGCCGGCCUCUUUCCCCCUACAGCUCCGGUUCUUGCUGGAAAAUUAUGGUUCUUGAUCAUCCUGUCAGUUUAGCACUGAGAUUGAGUGCUCGGUUUUAUGCGAGUGAGGAUAUGAAAUCGAGGACGGGGAAACCAUGGGAAGUGACGAGUUAGAAGGCUAGCCAUAUUGUAAUUGGAUAUAAAUUUUAGAUAUGAAUCAUGAUCUUGUAUUUGGAGAUUUUAUGAUACGAGAGAGAAUUUUAAAGAUUUGAUCUUCAGAUAAAGUGGUAUCAGAGUGGUAUGAUAAGUUCCGAGCCUUGUGCACUUAUGGGACUCGUCUCACGAGUGUACGGCGUCUGUCGCGCCUCGAAUUUGGGUUUUGGGGCGUGACAUUUAGAAUAAAAGUGGGAUAUAAAU